CCUCUCCUCCUCAGGCUCCCGGCCCCUCUCCAGCCCAGAUGAACUGCCAGGAGAGCGAGUACCGGGAUGAGCACGGGAAAUGUGUCCCCUGCAGAAACUGCAUGCCCGGACAAGAGCUUUCCAAGGACUGUGGUGAUGGCAGCGGGGGGGACGCGCAGUGCGUGGCCUGCCCUCCCAGGAAGUUUAAGGACAGCUGGGGGCAUCAUGGCUGCAAGCCCUGCCUGUCCUGCACCCUCAUCAACCGCAUCCAGAAGUCCAACUGCACGGCGACCACCAACGCGGUCUGUGGGGAGUGUCUGCCGGGGUUUUACCGCAAGGCGCGGAUCAGCGGGCAGCUGGACUGGGAGUGCAUCCCUUGCACCAAGCAGACACCCUCCUCCGAGCCUCAGUGUCGGUCCAGAACAAACCUGGUGAAGGUUGCCGUCCCCACCGUACCGCCUCAGGACACAGCCCUUCUUGCACUGACCAGCAGUGCCCUGGUCAUCAUCGUACUGGUGCUUCUGGCCCUCUCCAUCAUCUACUGCAAGCGGUUUUGGAAGAGCCAGUGCCAGCGAGUCUUCCUGAGGACUCAGAACUUCUCGGGCCAGCGAGCAAUGUUCCCGACUGCGGCGGCGCCUGGCAGAUUCCUGUGUGAGGAGCAGAUGUCUGGUCCCUGCUGCCUGGGUGUGAAGAACCUGAGCCCGUGCUACAGGCAGGCAGAAGGCCCCAUGGAAGCGGUGCAGUUCAUUUCAGACGGGGAAGCCGUGGGUCUCCAGCUCCCCUCUCUCCAGCCAGAGACGGAUUUGUCACCGGCCGUCGGGGUCAACGCUACCUCCAAAGCCCAGCUGGGCAGAAGCCUCCUGGAAAGCCAGCCCCUCAUCCGAGCCUCGGGCUGUGGGGACCGCCUGGCCGGGGUCCUGCCACCCCCAGACCCCAGGCAGGGCCAACCGGGCACGGCGGAGCCCCUGGCCCCCGUCUCCUCCUGCGCCUCUGAGAUGCAGCACAAGUGGCCGCACGCCCCGGUGGAGUGCACCGAGCUGGACCUCCAGAAGUUCUCCAGCCAGACGGAGUUUGUGGGGGGCGAGCGGCCGGAGGACACGGCGACCCGAGCGGCGCAGAGGAUGCCAGCAGAGAGCGGUGGCACAGGGCAGGAGGGGACCCGGCGCCUGCCCUCCACCUUCCCAAAUCCCACCGCCGAAAGCGGGGAGCAGCUGGUGGAUGAUGCCCAGAGCCUCGUGACUCAGGUCAGCAGCACGGCAAAGGGUCUCCCGGUAGCAGAGCUGCCCCAUUCCUUGGUGCAGUCCCUUGCCUUCUUGCUGGACCCUUCCUUGAACGGCGCGAAGAACUUCAGCCACGUGGCACUGGAGCUGGGGGUCACCCCCCAGUUGCUGGGACGAAUUUCGGGAUUUGAGCAGCUCGUGGCUCACCUCACCUACUCGGGAGACACGGUCACCAUCCCGGUCCUGGCCCAGGUUCUGCAGCGGCUCCAGCGGUUCGAUGCCUUGCUCCUGCUCUGCGACCACUUUGCCCUCAGCCAGGCUCAGGGCCACCAGCGCUAGAGAGGACGGGGAAGGGCCGGAGGAAGCUCCAGGCACCGUGUGUACUGGUAUGGGAGAGGAUCUGGUGGCCCUGCGGUCACACUCUCCGGUGUGCACGUGGGGAGUGUGUGGAGAUGGUCAUUGCAUGGAGGGAAGGACGUGAGGGGGAGCAUCUCUCCAUGCGGGAGCGUUCGCUUGGGCCCCUCUGGAGGUUUUUUUUUCCCUGGCUGUGCCAUCAGGGUGCCAUCGGACACUGCCACCCAUGCUGUGGUGCUCUCGCUCUGUGGUGAGCCCCGUUCUGGCCCCAUAGGAUCCCUCAACCAUGGGGCUGUGUCUCCAUGGGCAGCCACUCUCCUAUGGGCCCAGCCAUCGCCUCUCUCCCAUUCCAGCUCUCCCGUCCUUUGGCCCAUGCUUUGCUCUCCCAGGUUGGGAAAUGACCAAUUUCCCAGUUUAUUUUUUUGCUUGUUCUUCUUCUCCCUCUGGGCCGGAGAUGGUCCUCGGCAGAGGAGAUGGCCCUCAGCAGAGUUCCUAGCCAUGGCUGCUGCGCUGGGCUCCAGCCUUCGGUCUCCCUCUGCCACCCCGGCACCUUCCCCUUCAUGUCCUUUCUGUGCAGGUUUCUUGCAGGAAUCUCAAACUGAUCCCCAAGAUGAGUUGAUUGAUGUAUGUCCUUGGCACAGCCCCGUGCUGUGGCCACCAGCCUGGGGUGGGUGCUGGCUCACUCCCUCGGCUCCUAGCCCCGUGGCCACCUGGUGACCACCACCUCCAAGCACCAAGGCUUUGCAACCCACCCUGUGGUGACACGGAGUGGCAGAGGCAGGGAUGCUUUACCAUGCCCUGGGGAGCAGGCAGUGCUGUGCCAACAGCAAGUGGCCGCUGGAGGUUGAAACCAUGACCAUGGCUGCGUCACAGUCAGCAGUGACGUCCCUUUGCCAGUCACAACAGAGCUGGUUUUAAAAUAACCUUUUU